ACAGCAGAUAUUAUUAUCAGUGAUAAAAAGAGUGAAAGACAGCAGAAGAGUGUGGGAUUUAAAAGGAGGAACAGCUCUGGUACUGUUCUCAAGCACUAAACAGUCAAGCUAGAACUUUCUUCUUACAGGCCGGCAGCUUUUGCAGUAUACAAGAUGAUCGAAGCCCUAACGUUUUAUCAUUUUUCUCUCAGCUUGACUCUCUUGACGGAGAAAGAAGAUGCCCUACGAAGCUGCAAGUCAUGUUCAGGAAAAUGGUCUUAAAUGCAAAGAAUUGGUGGUUGACAUCCCAGCAGAUCUUGAGCCGGCCGAGUGGGACGAGUGCUGCAUCUACAGGAUUCCUAAGAAACUUCGCAAGGUAAACAAAGAAGCCUAUACUCCUAAGUUUAUCUCAAUAGGCCCCUUUCAUCACGGGAGGCAAGAAUACCAGGGCAUGGAAAUGCAGAAAAUGAGAUAUUUGAGGGACUUCUGUAAAAGGACUGGGAAGAGCCAGGACGUUCUUGCCAGCAUCGUUGCAGAGAAAGAAGAAAAAAUCCGUCAUUCCUAUGCGGAGACCUCAAAACUCAAAAGUAUAGAGUUUCUAAAAAUGAUUCUAUGGGAUGGCAUCUUUAUAAUUGAGCUCUUCUUGAGGAAUUCUGAAAAGGAAGAACGUGAACAGGAUUAUAUAUUAAGGAAACCGUGGCUGAGGGAAGGUAUACAGCAUGACUUGCUUCUACUCGAGAAUCAGCUUCCUUAUUUCGUUCUUAAGGAUUUAUAUAAGUUCGCCUGCCAUGGCUCUUCCAGUUGCAACAACAAUCGCAAGCAGGAUCCUCCCUUUCUUAAUCUUUGCCGCAAGUACUUUUCUAAAUAUGAUCGGCAGCCAAAAAAUUCUGACAUUUCUAGGGGGAAAAAAAUUAAACAUUUGACAGAUUUGCUGAGGUAUUUUUUCUAUCCAUCAUACCUGGAGGAAACAGAAAAGAAGGCCAUUGAUCGACUUUGCAGUGCCACAAAGCUUGACGAGGCAGGAGUGAAAUUCAAACAAGUUACAGAAAGACACCUACUUGACAUUCAAUUCCAAAAGGGUUGGUGCUUGGACACCUGUCCGUACCUGAAUUGCUCAUGGCUGUUGAACUGCCUACCAUGCUUCAAAUGCUUAUUCUUCUUGGAGCAUAUGCAACCCUUCUUGGAACUCCCUGCCUUCAUAGUAGAUCACGAAACUAACUGUGUUUUCCGAAACAUCAUGGCCUUGGAGCAGUGUCAUUAUCCAACAGAGGCAUACAUUUGCAAUUACAUUCUGCUGUUGGAUUCUCUUAUCAACACUGAAAAAGAUGUGGAUCUUCUUGUUGAGAAAAAGGUUAUCGUGAACCAGGUUGGCAGCGAUGAAGCAGUGGCGAGGCUGGUUAACAAGCUUGGCCAUCAAAUUUUAACAGAAGGUUCCUGCUACUAUAAACUAAGCCAAAAGCUUAAUGGGCACUACGAAGACUUCUGGAAUCGAAACAUGGCAACCUUGACAACAACAUAUUUUCGCGACAUUUGGAGAGGCACUGCAACGGUUGUUGGGAUUAUCUUCCUGCUUUUAACUUUCUGGAAUAUCUUCCUCAGGCAUUUCGUGAAAAUGCCUCACCCUGGACCUAAUUGAAGUUUUUUGCUUUGCUUUGAGUUGUCUUCCUCAGGCAUCUAUGGACAGUCUAGCUGUAUUUAAUUUGCAGCUAGCUAGUAAAGUAGUUUGUAUCACUGUUCACAAAUAAGAAGGGUUUAUCGUCUGUAA